UAUGUAGAGUCACGCAUCAAAUUCCCAUCACAAGCAUCUUAUUACUUACACAAUAGCUUAGCCACCCUCGAUCACUAGCUAGUUCUGAUUUCUCUAAUAUGACUAUGGUGGUCCUCACACCCCUUUUGGCCAUAGUCGGUAUUAUUCUCCUACUUAAACUCGUCUAUGACAACCUCUCAUGUUACUGGCUCACACCACUACGCAUAAAAAAGAUGAUGGAUAUGCAAGGUGUCCGUGGCCCUAAACCUUGUUUCUUCACAGGCAACAUCCUAGACAUGGCUUCCCUUGUCUCCAAAGCAACCUCCCAAGACAUGAAAACCAUAAGCCAUGACAUUGUUGGCCGUCUUCUCCCACAUUUUCUACUUUGGUCUGGCCAAUUUGGAAAGAGGUUUCUAUAUUGGAAUGGUUCAGAACCAAGGUUGUGUCUCACCGAGACUAAAUUGAUCAAAGAGUUCCUUUCAAAACACAGCACGGUAUCUGGGAAAUCCUGGCAGCAAAGACAAGGUUCCAAGAAUUUCAUUGGGGAAGGAUUGUUGAUGGCAAAUGGAGAAGAUUGGUACCACCAACGUCACAUCGUUGCCCCAGCAUUCAUGGGAGACAGACUUAAGAGCUAUGCUGGGCACAUGGUGGAAUGCACUAAGGAGAUGCUCCAAUCAAUGAAAAUUGCGUUGGAGAGUGGCCAGACUGAGGUGGAGAUUGGUCACUACAUGACUAAACUCACUGCGGAUAUUAUCUCUAGGACUGAGUUUGGUACCAGCUACCAGAAAGGGAAGAAAAUAUUCCACCUCCUCACGCUGCUGCAGACUCGUUGUGCUCAAGCAAGUCGUCAUCUUUGCAUCCCUGGAAGCAGGUUUUUUCCAAGCAAGUAUAACAGAGAGAUAAAGUCAUUGAAGAUGGAGGUGGAGACUCUGCUGAUGGAGAUCAUACAAAGCAGAAAAGACUGUGUGGAGAUUGGAAGGAGCAAUUCUUAUGGGAAUGAUUUGCUGGGGAUGCUCCUGAAUGAGAUGCAGAAGAAAAAAGGGAAUGGAAACAAUAACAACAGCAGCAUCAAUCUGCAGCUAGUGAUGGAUCAAUGCAAAACAUUUUUCUUUGCAGGACAUGAAACCACUGCACUUUUACUCACUUGGACAGUUAUGUUACUAGCCAGCAACAAAUCUUGGCAAGACAAAGUCAGAGCUGAGGUUACAAAUGUCUGCGAUGGGGGAAUUCCCUCUCUGGAUCAACUCUCCAAGCUCACUCUUUUGCAUAUGGUGAUCAACGAAUCAAUGAGGUUGUAUCCCCCAGCAUCUGUGCUCCCUAGAAUGGUGUUUGAAGACAUAGUGCUAGGUGACCUUUAUAUCCCUAAGGGCUUAUCAAUUUGGAUCCCUGUGCUGGCUAUUCAUCAUAGUGAAAAACUAUGGGGUAAAGAUGCAAAUGAGUUUAACCCAGAGAGAUUUACUUCAAAGUCAUUUGUUCCUGGCCGUUUUUUACCAUUUGCUUCUGGCCCUAGAAAUUGUGUUGGACAAGCAUUUGCCUUAAUGGAAGCUAAGAUUAUAUUAGCCAUGUUGAUUUCUCGGUUUAGCUUCACUAUUUCUGAAAAUUACCGUCAUGCCCCUGUGGUUGUCCUCACAAUUAAGCCCAAAUAUGGGGUUCAAGUUUGUUUGAAGCCCUUGGAGCCAUGAAGGAUCGUCGAUUGUGGAGAGUAUUGAGAGUUGAAAGGGAGUUUUUGUCUUUUAUGAUGCGGAUAUAUAUGGUCAUCUUGAUCUUGAUGAGCAUUCUUGUAAUUUUUUAUUUCAUUUUCUACUUUUUUUUUUACAACGAUCGGGAGAUAGAGAGAUGAAAUAAUGAUUGCAAGGAUUAGGAUAUGUAAAUUAAAAACUUGAAUGAAAGCACACGUAUUUAUCCCUUCA